AUGGGUCACCAAGGACAGUUUCAGAGGAUAGAUCUCAUUGAAAAGCUUGUGCGGGUUUGUUUGGCUGUUGGUGUCUGUGACCAAUACAGCCUGCAACUAUGCAUGGACCUUGUUUGCUCACAGUGGUUCUUCCGCUCCAUUGGUCAUGUUCAGUGGUUUAUGGGAGUGUGGUCUGUCACUUUCUAUUUGAGCUCCCUGUGGCUUAACUGUGGCUUAACUGUGGCCUCUUCCCGGGUCAGACGUGCUUUGUGGGAAUGUUUUGGUAGCUUCAUAUGUAUAGGGCUGUGUUUCUCAGUACAGUCUUUGGGGACCUACAGAUGGUGUACAGUUUUGCACCUUCCCGGCUCCCUAGCCGAGCACCGGAUUGAGAAACGUACUCGCCAUGUGGUCUGAUGGCUUGUUGUCAUUUUUCCUUUGUUUGUUUGUUUAUUUUUUUUAACCCAUCAUGUUUUUCUGCUGUAUUCUCAUAAAUAUAAAUACAAUUGGAAUAUAACUGAGACGUAUGUAAUUUAGAAUCAUGCACAGAAAACUGUGCGUGAGUGUCUCCACUGCCCCCUACUCUGGAGAAACCCAGCCUUGUCCGGUCUCAGCAGAGGCUCGUUGCCCGUGCCUUGGCUCAUAGCCAUGGUUCCUGGACUGCUCUGUAAUUAGCAAGCACCUUGGCGUCUUCCCACCGGUGACUGAGAUCUUUAGCUCAAUCAGCUGACCCCUCUCUCGGAUAGCUCAGGUUGGGCUUGUGACGUGAGUGAUCUCUGAACCCGUCCAAUCUGUACUAUUGGGACACUUUUGCUCUUUCCCUUUAAAGAAUUAAUCUUUUACGUAAUUCUAAUGCCCAGUCCUUUAGGUCAUCCCGAGUUUCCUGAGCUCUUGUUGUUGACGGCAGCUGAUGCCUGGAUGGCCUCCAAGCCCCUCAGUCACAUGCUUGCUCUGGGAGGGGUCCCGGGCAUUAAGAUCAAAAGAGGUGCAGAGGUCUUUGCUUUGCAUGUCCAGGAAGCGUAGCGCAGGAGUGACACUAAUGACACAGGAAGGCUGCCUGACUGCAUCAGUGCUUGGGGGGGGUUCAGACCCCAUUGGUAGACACAGACCCACAAGCAGACUGGUAGCUGUUUUGUGAACAGUGGGCCAGUUCUGCUCAAAGUGGGUAUUUGCUGAUUUCACUGCUGUCAGGAGUCUAGUUUGUUAUCAUCCCAACGGACAGUGUACAGCUUGUUUCUGGGGGUGAGUGAUAAUAAACGAAAUGUUGCCUAUUAAUAUUUUUUUUUUUUUACAAUUUGGCGGAAGUGAGUGUUAGGGUUAUCUUCUUCUAAAGAUACGCUGGAAACCAAACAGUCUCUGAACACAGAACAACACAGACAGCUGUGAUGACUUUUUAACUUGCUGCAAGGGAAGCCAGGUCCUGACUUCGUGGUGUCAGCCUCUCAGUCGAACUCAACCAACUUCAAAGGAGGAACUCCCCUCGCAGCAUCUUUUAUUGAGAAGCCACUGUCGAGCUUUCACUGGACAGCCCCCAUAGCGAAAGGCGAAAGGAGACCCCCAAACCAGCAGCGAGCACCGAGUCGUCUGUCGCCGUCCAGCCAAGCGCACCGAAAACGGUGCUUAAAACGAUGGCAGAGCUGGAGGAGGAGGAGAGUGAGGACAAGUUUGAGCUGAAUAUUUCCAUCACCAACCCCGAGAAAGUCGGAGACGGCAUGAAUGCCUACAUGGCCUACCAGGUGUCCACACAGACGUCGCUGCCCAUGUUCAGGAGCAAGUCGUUCACAGUGAAACGGCGCUUCAGUGAUUUCCUGGGUCUCUACGAGAAGCUGUCGGAGAAGCAUGCACAGAACGGCUACAUCGUGCCCCCGCCCCCAGAGAAGAGCAUUCUGGGGAUGACCAAAGUGAAAGUGGGCAAGGAAGACCCAUCCUCCGCUGAGUUUGUGGAGAGAAGGAGGGCAGCUUUAGAAAGGUAUCUCCAAAGAGUUGUUGUUCACCCCUCCCUCCUGCAGGACCCGGAUGUGCGUGAGUUUUUGGAAAGAGACGAGUUGCCCAGGGCCGUGAACACACAGGCGCUGAGCGGUGCUGGGUUCUUGAAGAUGAUCAAUCGGGCCACCGAUGCCGUCAGCAAGAUGACCAUCAAGAUGAACGAGUCGGACAUUUGGUUUGAGGAGAAACUCCAGGAGGUGGAGAGCGAGGACCAGCAACUCAGGAAGCUCCACGGCGUGGUGGAAUCACUGGUGAACCACAGGAAGGACCUGUCCAUCAACACGGCUGUGUUCGCCAAGAGCGUGGCCAUGUUGGGAAGCUCGGAGGACAACACGGCGCUGUCGCGAGCGCUGUCCCAGCUGGCUGAGGUGGAGGACAGGAUGGAGCAGCUGCACCAGGAGCAGGCUGCCAGCGACUUCUUCGUGUUCGCCGAGCUGCUGGCCGACUACAUCCGGCUGCUGGGCGCCGUGCGGGGUUGCUUCGAUCAGCGCAUGAAGAUGUGGCAGCGGUGGCAGGAUGCACAGGUCACGCUGCAGAAGAAGCGGGAAAACGAGGCCCGGCUGCUGUGGGCCAACAAGCCGGACAAGCUGCAGCAGGCCAAGGAGGAGAUUGCAGAGUGGGAGACCAAGGUCACUCAGUACGAGGCUGACUUUGAGCGCAUCUCCACCACGGUCCGCAAGGAGGUGCUUCGGUUCGAGAAGGACAAGGCCAGGGACUUCAAAAACCAGAUUAUGAAAUACCUGGAGUCUCUGCUACAUUCACAGCAGCAGCUUAUCAAGUAUUGGGAGGCUUUCCUACCCGAGGCCAAGGCGAUUGCGUGACGUGGAGGGAAGGGGCAGCCUUUCAAUACUUUACCUCUCGCCUAUAAACCAAGGAAAGAGCCUACGAUGCCAGAAGGGGAAAGAGUACAAUCUAUUACAUUUUUAUUCAUCAUAAACCUAUAGCUCUUCAUCUUAACUGUAUUAAUAAUUGUAUAUUUUUCAGUUAACUUCCACAUAUUUUCUUAAUAACAAACUAUCUUGUUAUUGUCGACUGCUUGCUGGUGAGGUUGGGUGGAGCUGGGUGGAGCUGGUUUUCAUACUGGAGUUGUUUUUUUUUUUCCUCUUUUUUUUACCCUUUUCUUUCCCACUGUGACUGAAAUCACUGCGGAAGCUGCUGGCAUCACUCUGCUGAUGCGUAGCAGGUGAGUGGAUGUGUUUGACAGCAGAUGGCGCUCUCUGCCAGUUGUUUACAGUGGAUACCGGGGUUUUUUUCUCGCGCCUAGCAGGUAGCGAUGAGCACCUGUUUUCCCUUAAGUGCAAAUAUAGUAGUUUUGACUCAGCACAUGUUCAUUUCUUGGAUAUUGACUUAUUUUCCUUAGUAUUCUUGAACGUUGAAAAUCUCUGAAUCAUGACUUUUGAUUUGGUAAUAUGAGACGUUACUUUGCAGCGUCUCUGUCAACAGCUCAGGCUCGAUCUAGUAUCUUCCCAUACAUCUUUAACUUAGUCACCACCUCGCGGUGGCUUUUCUGUGGAAGUGGCGUGUGCUACAUCUACCCAUAAUCCUCUUGGGUUGAAGAGUUAAUGUGUGCAGCUUGCCAACCAGCUGAGAUCUGGCGUUAUCUGUGGCUGAGGCCUAGACUUCUAAGUCAGGACAGCAUAAAAACACCUUCCUGUGUGUACUAAGUGUCUGUAUGUCAAAGGGUUACUUUUAAAUUGGGGGCAAAACACAUGCUAUCUGGGGACGGGGGCAAGCCAUGGUCCCGUGAACCUGUAUUUGACAGCCACUGCGGGUUUCAGUUUGACACUGGGGCUGAGGUGAGACCGUUGCCCUGGUAUAACAGCACUUAAUGCCCCGUUUGCAGUGGAGUGCAGGUGUCCUGCCGCGAAGCAUGUUUCCACACUGGCCUCUCGUCAGCCUCACUCAAGCCCCUGUUACCCCAGAACCAACCGCCUUUCAGACACGAGACAAUCUGCCCCUGAUGUCAAAGCUGAUGACUGUUCAGUGAUAUGAAGUUAAUAUUCUCGCGAGGUAACUGAACAUUUUAGCCAUAUGCCAAUAUAUAAAUGUACAGUUCCUUAUUUUAAACAGGUAAAGGUCCGUCAGAUAUAUCAAACUCUUUUGUACUGAUUUAACUCUAUUAACUGACAGAAUUCGUAGUUUGGGUUUACGCUGCAGUCCUGCCUGGGUAAAUUUGCACGGUUGACGACAUGUUGACCCUUGCUCCCCCCUCCCUCGGGUGGCAAGGUCUCCGUAGGGGUGGGCAGUGUGCCAGUGCGGAUGCAGUACAUGGAUGUUUACUGCAGACGUCAUCACCGCUGUUUGGUCAGGUCAGACGUGACAGUCGCUUUAACUGCCAAAAAAAAAAAAAUGUGGAAAUAAAGCUCGUUUCAUAAAA